AUGCCGAAAGGCAGAACGAGGAUCACAGGCCCCGGGCGAAAACCGCCUAAGCACCGCCGCUCCGCCGUCAGCAACAGCGAGAAGCUGGAGGUGAUCAAAUGGUACGAGACGCAUGGCAUCAAGUCAACGCUCCAGCGCUUCUUCAGCCACGUCGCCAAGCAGAAGACGUCGGAGAACCAGGUGUACCAGUGGAAACAGAACCGCGCCAUCAUCGAAGAAGGCUGUAAGACGGCUACGACUGCCGUUAAGAAGAAGAAUCGAUCAUCUGGCGUCGCAACAUCGCUACCUAUGGCAGCGGAGUUAGAACUGGUAGAAUGGGUAAAUGAGCUAAGAAAUGAAGGUGUUCCCGUCACAAGUGUCAUGCUUCAGCUCCAAGCUUUGGAAAUUGCAAAAGAAUAUCACGUGGACAAAUUUGCGGCUAGUCCAUCAUGGCAAAAACUGUUUCGCAAGCGGCAUCGCCUGUCGUUGAGGUGCCGAACUCGCCAAGGUCAAGUCGCGCCUGACGACGCAAAAAAAUUGCAGCCGACUUUGCAGUCAGAAUCAAGAGCAAAAUGGCCGAGUUGGGGGUCUCGAAGGUCUAUAAUGCUGAUCAAACAGCAGUAUUUUAUGAGUACCUGCCCAAAAAGACCCUUCACAAGCGCGGCAAAAAAACUGUUUGGGUGCGUGGUGGUGGCAAGGAGAAGCAGCGGUUGA